UUCCAAGCAAACGGAUGAUAAACCAGUCGGCAGAAAGCUUGCAUACUUCGCACUUUAUUUUGUACAACAUGCGGCGUGCGCGUCUUCUCGGUUUUACAGGAUCGCACCGCAUGACGAAAACCUACCACUGCAUCUGAAAGAAUGAACACUUUGGCAGUGCAAAAUAUGGAAUCUAAAAAACACAUCGUGGUUAUAGCAUUCCCCGGAUACGGCCAUUUGAUCCCUCUGUUAUCCUUUGCGCGCAAAGCAGCCGAACACCAUCAUGUGACGUUCGUGAUUUCCAAGUGCAAGCUCAACGAUCUGCGCACCCGGGAAUUAUUCACCGCCGAAGAUGAGAAGACCAUAGCACUGAUUGGGCUGGAAGACGGUAUCCCGGAUGGCGCCGGGGAAGACACCAAUCCCAGUGUGUGGGGGAUGUUGUGGGACGGCAUUAUUCCGUCCAUCGAGGCGUUCCUCCGUACGGUGCCCACCCCCAACAAACCCAGCAGCCAAUCACCCUACAGCAUUACGCGACCGGUCGAUGUCGUCUUCUGUGAACUGUUUUUGGCCUGCUCCGCGGUGAUAUGUCAGCAGCGGGGGAUUCCGUGUUAUUUAUUCUGUACAGCGCGCCUGGGAGCGCAGCUGUCGCGGUUAAAUGUAACAGAGCAUACACCGGUCGUGGCCGAGGGUGAAGUAUCGCCUCUGCGCCAUGUUAUGGGUAAACGUGCGAUGGAUCCCGAGCAGAAGAAUGCACCGUUUCUAGACCGGCAUAAGAAGCAUAGUCUGUCGAUUUGCAGCGGGCUGAAACCGGCCGUGGGUAUAGUGAUUAAUUCGUUCCGGGAGAUCGAGGAAGAGGCGAUUGCGGAAUAUUUGAAGGAUGAACGGGCGAAAGGUCAUGAUGUGAAGUGCACUGGACCACUGCUACCCGAGGAAGACAAACUGAACUCACAAAACUUUAAGAUUCAGCAACAGGUGCAGCAAUGGUUGGAUACGAAACCUCCCAACUCGGUCAUAUACAUCGCCUUCGGAUCUGUUCGCAUACCCGCCAAAGAGCGCAUCACGGAAAUCGGCAAGGCACUUCUCCUGCUGAACCAACCCUUUAUCUUCUCCCUGCGCCAGGAACAGCACGAUCUCCUGCCCGAGGAAAUCCGUCGCGGAAUGGCCGAUCAGUUUGCCGGUUCCGCAUUGGGUCUGGUCCUUCCAUGGGCACCGCAACGCAACAUCCUUCUCCAUCCGGCCACGGGUGUAUUUCUGAGCCAUUGCGGAUGGAACAGCACUGUUGAGGCUAUGUACACCGGGACGCCAGUACUGUCAUGGCCCAUCUUCGGGGAUCAACUGUAUAACGGGCAGUUGCUGGAGGAAGCCGGUAUGGGGGUGGUGCUGAUUAAUGCGGACGAACACGUGAAGAUUGUUCCAGCGGAAGAGAUAGCAGAGAAACUGGCCAAUGUGGGGGGCUUUGCGUUUAAAGGUCGUGAGCGCGUAUUGGAUACGGGGUUUAAACGGGCAGCGGAAGUGUGGAAGGAGAAGACACGGGCCGCUGUGACGAUGGGCGGAAGUUCAGAAGAGGAGUUUGAGAUGCUGAUGGCGCUCGAAGUUCUCCGGAAAUCAGACCACAUAUAGUGCUUGAUAAAAACAACCUCCGACAUUUGUUUUUUUUGUAGUUACACGGCGUUAGAUUUAAUUGCGUGUUAACUGUCAGAUUACUUUGCGUACGAGUGUUGCGCGAAAACAGCUGCAUCUUCUGCGCGGUCGUGGUGCCGAUUAUCCACUUAAACUGACAUGAUUUUUAACUACAAAGUACAAUGCAGUUGCUACUGCGUGUUCACGUACUCGUACUUAGAGUUUACUUAAAUUCUGCCAGUUUAUCGAAGCCAGUGCGAGCUAAUACCAACCGGUUUUCAGACCUAGGCAGUUGGCUGUUUCUGCCAAGUAAAAUCGAUUAGCACAU